UGUCCCAUGUCAUUCAAUGGCGCUUGUAAAGGGACGCACCGCAGUUUAACUCGGUUAAUUUUCCCUGCAUGCAGCGAAGUGAUUCAUUACUCAUUCGACUCGGCAGAGCAGUCCGGGGCAAAUACACCUCAGCGCGGGCCGGGAUGCGCUAUCCGACCUAAUGGAAUAUCACAGUUAGUUUACUAAGUACUGAACUAAUUUGAACGCAGACAAUCCAUUGGUAAUAAGGUGAUCGAAUACAACAGCAACGGGAAUAUGCAGCAAUUUAUUCUUUUAGGAUUACUGAUGGUCUUUACAUUGGUUAUUUGUACGCCUGGUGAAACAGACUUGGAGAACGUUGGAACCAACGAUAACUUGACUGCGGCCCUGUUAUUCCUGGACGACUACAAUAAGCGCCUGGCGACCUACCACUACAAUGCUUAUGUUGACUACUACCGGAUGACUACCAAUAUCACUGAUGAAAACAGUGCCUUGGCCGCAAAGUCUGAUGAGUUGAUGAGAACAUUUCAGGCGUGGGCCACAGAGGAAGCCAAGAAGUUCAAUACUGCCAACUUCCCCGCCGACACGAAGCGGGCGUUGACUAUUAUCGGCCGGUCGGCGACUCACAAAGAUCCGGCACACAGACGGCGAGUCAUUGCAAUCGAACAUGCUCUACAAAAAACAUUUGCCUCAACGACGCUGGAAUUGAAUUCCACCACUUUCGUUGAACAGUCUCAGAUAAAACGAUUUCUCGCUAUGGUGGAAUCCCUUCCAAAGAGACGCGAACUGUGGGGGAAGUAUGCCACCGCAGUUGGCCUCAAGCUGAGACAGAACUUCACAGAGCUUGUGAGCCUUUAUAAUGAAGGGGCACGAGAGAAUGGUUACAAUAAUAUGGUAGAGUUCUGGCUCGAUUCGAGUAUGGAGGAUCGGCAGUUCGACGCCAAGUGUUGGGAUCUGUGGGAGCAACUCGCUCCUGCGUACCGGCAGCUUCACGCCUUCUUCAGGGCAAAACUCAGGGAGAAAUUUCCAAAUGAGAUUCAAGAAAAUGAACCUAUUCCAAUCCAUCUAAAAAACGAACUUACUGCAAGCGCCGUGCCAUUCCCAGAAGUUACAAACCCAGUGGUCACAGAUGAGAUGAAACGGCAGGGCUACAUACCAGUGCGCAUGUUCAAGAUGGCCGAGGAUUUCUUUAAAUCACUUGGCAUGGCUCCGAUGACAGAGACGUUUUGGCGAAAUUCAAUGAUUGAAAAGCCCAUAGAUCGCCAGGUGCAAUGCGGGGGAGGCGCGUUUGAUAUGUGGGAUGAGAAAAAGCAGGACUAUAGAAUAAAAUAUUGCACCCAAGUAAGCCAAGGAAGUUUCAAAACCGUCCACCAUGAGAUGGGUCACGUGCAGUAUUAUAUGGAGUACAAGGACCAGCCAACCGUCUUCAGGAGGGCGCCCAAUAAUGGUUUCCACGAGGCCAUCGGCGACGUGAUUGGCCGCUCUUUUGAGAGUCUUCCACACCUUCAGGCUGUUGGACUGCUCAACAAAUCUGCUGAGUGGACCCGCGAGGAGCAAUUUAAGACAGGCAUCAACAGUCUGAUGACCCAGGCGAUCAAGAAGCUCCGCAUUGUUCCAUACAUUCUCGUCAUCGAUGGCUGGAGAUCCGCCAUCUUUAAUGGCUCAACGCAGCCAGAUGAGUUUAACCAGAAGUGGUGGGAGAUGAGAUUGAAUUACGAGGGUCUCUCGCCACCAGUGACGCGCUCCAGCAGCAACCUGGACCCUGGUAUCAUCUACCACAUCCCAGCUAUGGUCCCAGCGGACAUGAGGUACUUCGUCAGCUUCAUAAUUCAGUUCCAGUUCCAGAAGGCUUUAUGCGCAGCCGCCAAACACACGGGACCCCUUUAUCUCUGUGACAUCUAUGGAUCCAGACAAGCUGGAGAUAAACUCAAGGCUGCCAUGAAGCUUGGCCGCAGCAAACCUUGGCAAGAUGUCCUUGAACAACUGACGGGGCAGCGCAAUAUUGACCCGACCGCCAUCUUGGAAUAUUUCCAGCCACUCACUGAUUGGCUGACAGAAUAUAACCGGAAGAACAACGUAACUGUCGGAUGGGACACGGACUAUCGUAAAUACUUCAAGGAGAAGACCAGCGGAAGUAAAGGUGUCGCCAAUAGCAUAUCUACUUCCUGUAUAGUUAUUUCUCUAUUUAUCGUGCUGUGUCAGUUUUCUGCAAUGUACCGGUAUCUUUGAUUGUUAAAUAAACCAUAGUUAU